AUGGCGCUGUGGCUCUGGACCCUGGUGGUCCUGGGCCUGACGGGCUCCGGUGCAGGCCUGCGGACACGCAAGCUCGAGUUCUUCCUCAGUGAGACAGAACUGAACCACCUGGUAGUGGACAACGGGACAGGCGGCGUGUAUGUGGGGGCAGUGAACAACCUCUACCAGCUGACCUCUGACCUGCAGCUGGUGCAACAGGAGGUCACAGGCCCGGCCCUGGACAACAAGAAGUGCACGCCGCCCAUCGAGAAGAGCCAGUGCCACGAGGCCGUGCCCACCAACAACGUGAACCAGCUGCUGCUGCUGGACCCACCUGGGGGCCGUGUGGUUGAAUGCGGCAGCCUCUUCAAAGGCAUCUGUGCCCUUCGGUCUCUCAGCAACAUCUCCACACGCCUCUUCUACGAGGACAGCAGCGGCGAGAAGUCCUUCGUGGCCAGCAACGACGAGUCUGUGGCCACCGUGGGACUGGUGAGUGCCACAGUGCCUGGCGGCGAGCGUGUCCUCUUCGUGGGCAAAGGCAACGGGCCACACGACAAUGGCAUCAUCGUCAGCACCCGCCUGCUCGACCGAGUUGAGGGCAGGGAGGCCUUCGAGGCCUGCACGGACCAUGCCACCUACAAGGCCGGGUACCUGUCCACCAACACGCAGCAGUUUGUGACCGCCUUUGAGGAUGGCCGCUAUGUUUUCUUUGUUUUCAACCAGCAAGACAAGCACCCGGCCCGGAACCGCACGCUGCUGGCCCGCAUGUGCAAACAGGAUCCCUUCUACUACUCCUACCUGGAGAUGGACUUGGAGUGCCAGGAGCCUGGUGCCCAGGCCUUUGCCACCUGCCUGGCGGCCUCCGUGGACCCAGGCCGGACACUCUAUGCGGUCUUCAGCAAGGACAGCAGGGGCGGAGGGGGCGGAGGCCUCCAGAGUGGCCUCUGCUUGUUCCCACUGGACGAGAUCCACGCCAAGAUGGAGGCCAUCCGCAAUGCCUGCUACACGGGCACCCGGGAGGCCGGUCGUAGCACCUUCUACAAAGCCUUCCAGGGCGAGAUCCAGUGUGGGGGCCACGCACCGGGCGCCAGUGAGAGCUUUCCCUGUGGUUCAGAGCACCUGCCCUACCCACUGGGCAGCCGUGAAGGCCUCCAGGCCAUGGCCGUGCUACAGAGGAGUGGCCUGAACCUGACCGCAGUCACAGUGACCUCUGAGGAAGGACACAUCAUCGCUUUCCUGGGCACCUCAGAUGGCAGAAUCCUGAAAGUGUAUCUCACCCCGGAUGGUACCUCCGAGUACGGCUCCCUCUUGGUGGAGAUCAACAGGAGGAUCAAGCGGGACCUGGUUCUGUCCCCAGACCGAACGUCUCUGUAUGCAAUGACUCAGGACAAGGUGUUCCGGCUGCCCGUGCAGGAGUGUCUCAGCUACCUCACGUGCGCCCAGUGUCGCGACUCACAAGACCCCUACUGUGGCUGGUGUGUCGUCGAGGGCCGGUGCACCAGGAAGGCUAUGUGCUCCAGGGCCAAUGAGACCGGCCACUGGCUGUGGAGCCGGGAGAACUCCUGCGUGACCAUCACCAGUGCUCAGCCACAGAACAUGAGCCGACGGGCCCAGGGGGAGGUACAGCUGACAGUCCAUCCUCUACCCACCCUGAGAGGGGACGAUCAACUGCUCUGCCUCUUUGGGGACUCACCUGCUCACCCCGCCCAUGUGGAAGGCAACUUUAUCCGGUGCACCUCCCCCAGCAUCAUCCCCAGCACCCCACCAGGGCAAGAUCACGUAACUGUGAGCAUCCAACUGCUGCUUCAACAAAACAACAUCUUCCUCACCUCCCAUCUCUACCCUUUCUACGACUGUCGGGAAGCCAUGCACCUGGUGGAGAACCUGCCGUGUAUCUCCUGCACCAGCAACCGCUGGACCUGCCAGUGGGACCUGCAAUACCACGAGUGCCGGGAGGCCUCGCCCAACCCUGAGGAAGGCAUCGUGCGGGCCCACAUGGAGGAGAACUGCCCCCAGUUCCUGAACCCCAGCCCCCUGGUCAUCCCCAUGAAUCAUGAGACAGAUGUGACUUUUCAGGGCCAGAACCUGGACACAGUGAAGAGCACCUCCCUGUAUGUGGGCAGUGAACUGCUCAAGUUCAAGGAGUUGGUGAGCGUGCAGGAGCCAGGUCGCUUUUCCUUCCGGACCCCCAAGCUGUCCCAUGACACCAACGAGACACUGCCUCUGCACCUGUACGUCAAGUCCUACGACAAGAAUAUCGACAGUAAACUCAGAGUGACCCUGUACAAUUGCUCCUUUGGUCGCAGCGACUGCAGCUUGUGCCUGGCUGCUGACCCCGCCUACAGGUGUGUGUGGUGCGGCGGACAAAACAAAUGCGUGUACCAGGCCCUGUGCAACAACGCCACCUCCGAGUGCCCACCGCCUGUCAUUGCUAGGAUCCAGCCACAGACAGGCCCUCUGGCAGGGGGCAUUCGCGUCACCAUUUUUGGGUCGAACCUGGGCGUCAAGGCUGAUGACGUGAGGAGGGUGACUGUGGCAGGCCAGAACUGCACCUUCCAGCCAGAGCUGUACUCCGUCUCCACCCAGAUCGUGUGUGUGGUUGACGCCUCAGAGGAGUCCACUGCAGGAGGCAUUGAGGUGGACAUCAAUGGGAAGCUGGGCUACUCACCACCUCAUGUGCAGUUCACCUACCAACAGCCACAGCCAAUGGAUGUGACCCCGAAGCAGGGGCCUCAAGCCGGCGGCACCUUGCUGACCAUCACUGGCAUCAAUCUGGACACAGGAUCCAAGGAGGACGUGCGGGUGAUACUCAACAAUGUCGCUUGUGAAGUGACCAAGUUUGGAGCAGAGCUCGAGUGCAUGACUGGCUCCCAGCCAAAGGUGGGCGAGGUGUCCCUGGAGGUGUCCUAUGGGGGCUCGCCUGUGCCCGGCCCCAACAUCGUCUUUUCCUACCGAGACAACCCAGUUCUGAGGGCCUUUGAGCCGACCCGGAGCUUCGUCAGUGGCGGCAGGAGCAUCAACGUCACCGGGCAGGGCUUCGGCCUGAUCCAGAGGUUUGCCAUGGUGGUCUACGCCGAGCCACUGCAGUCCUGGAGGCGGCGGCGAGAGACUGCACCCCCAAAGCCUGUGAAGGUUGUAGGCACCGACUACGUCUACCAUAGUGACACCAAGGUGGUGUUCUCGUCCCCGGCCGUCCCUGAGGAGCCCGAUUCCUACAACCUCACAGUGCUGAUCGAGAUGGACGGGCACAGAGCUCUUCUCAGGACUGAGGUCGGUGCCUUCCAGUAUGUGGCCGACCCCACCUUUGAGAACUUCACGGAUGGUGUCAAGAAACAGGUCAACAAGCUCAUCCAUGCCCAGGGUACCAACCUGAAUAAGGCCAUGACGCUGCAGGAGGCCGAGGCCUUUGUGGGUGCUGAGCGCUGCAUUAUGAAGACACUGACGGAGACGGAUCUGUACUGCGAGCCUCCUGAGGUGCAGCCCCCGCCCAAGCGGAGGCAGAAGCGUGACACCACCCACAACCUGCCUGAAUUCAUCGUCAAGUUCGGCUCCCGGGAGUGGGUGCUGGGCCGCGUGGAGUACGACACACGUGUCAGUGACGUGGCGCAGCGGCUCGGCCUCAUCCUGCCCUUGGUCAUCGUGCCCAUGGUGUUCUUCAUCGCCCUGUCUGUCUACUGCUACUGGAGGAAGAGCCAGCAGGCCGAGCGCGAAUACGAGAAGAUCAAGUCGCAGCUGGAGGGGCUGGAGGAGAGUGUGCGCGACCGCUGCAAGAAGGAGUUCACAGACCUGAUGAUCGAGAUGGAAGACCAGACCAAUGACGUGCACGAGGCGGGCAUCCCGGUGCUGGACUACAAGACCUACACGGACCGCGUCUUCUUCCUGCCCUCCAAGGAUGGGGACAAGGACGUGAUGAUCACGGGCAAGCUGGAUAUCCCAGAGUCCCGACGGCCCACAGUGGAGCAGGCUCUCUACCAGUUCUCCAACCUGCUUAACAGCAAGUCCUUCCUCAUCAAUUUCAUCCACACCCUGGAGAAUCAGCGGGAGUUUUCAGCCCGAGCCAAGGUCUACUUUGCAUCCCUGCUGACGGUGGCACUGCAUGGGAAGCUGGAAUACUACACGGACAUCAUGCGCACGCUCUUUCUGGAGCUUAUGGAACAGUAUGUGGGGGCCAAGAACCCCAAGCUGAUGCUGCGCAGGUCAGAGACGGUGGUGGAGAGAAUGCUGUCCAACUGGAUGUCCAUCUGCUUGUACCAGUACCUCAAGGACAGCGCCGGUGAACCGCUCUACAAGCUGUUCAAGGCCAUCAAGCACCAGGUGGAGAAGGGACCAGUGGAUGCUGUGCAGAAGAAAGCCAAGUACACCCUCAACGACACGGGGCUGCUGGGAGAUGAUGUGGAGUACGCACCGCUGACGGUGAGCGUGAUCCUCCAAGAUGAAGGGGUGGAUGCUAUCCCUGUCAAGGUUCUCAACUGCGACACCAUCUCCCAGGUCAAGGAGAAAAUCAUUGACCAAGUGUACCGUACACAGCCCUGCUCUCGCUGGCCCAAGGCCGAGAGUGUGGUUCUGGAGUGGCGUCCUGGCUCCACUGCACAGACCUUGUCAGACCUGGACCUGACGUCCCAGCGAGAUGGACGCUGGAAGCGCAUCAACACCCUGAUGCACUACAACGUCCGGGAUGGAGCCACCCUCAUCCUGUCCAAAGUGGGGGUCUCCCAGCAGCCUGAAGACAGCCAGCAGGACCUGCCUGGGGAGCGUCACGCCCUCCUGGAGGAGGAGGACCGUGUGUGGCACCUGGUGCGUCCAGCAGACGAGGUAGAUGAGAGCAAACCCAAGCGAGGAAGUAUCAAGGAGAAAGAGCGCACCAAGGCCAUCACCGAGAUCUACCUGACACGGCUUCUGUCCGUCAAGGGCACGCUGCAGCAAUUCGUGGACAACUUCUUCCAGAGCGUGCUGGCCCCUGGCCACGCAAUUCCACCAGCCGUCAAAUACUUCUUUGACUUCCUGGAUGAGCAGGCAGAGAAAUACGGCAUCCAAGACGAGGACACAAUCCACAUCUGGAAGACCAACAGCUUGCCGCUACGGUUCUGGGUGAACAUUCUCAAGAACCCCCACUUCAUCUUCGACGUGCAUGUGCACGAGGUGGUGGAUGCCUCACUGUCAGUCAUUGCCCAGACUUUCAUGGACGCCUGCACCAGGACCGAACACAAGCUGAGCAGAGACUCUCCCAGCAACAAGCUGCUGUAUGCCAAGGAGAUCUCAACUUACAAAAAGAUGGUGGAGGAUUACUAUAAAGGCAUCCGUCAGAUGGUCCAAGUCAGCGAUCAGGACAUGAACACACACUUAGCCGAGAUUUCCCGGGCGCAUACAGAUUCCCUUAAUACCCUGGUGGCCUUGCACCAGCUCUACCAGUAUACACAGAAGUACUAUGACGAGAUCAUCAACGCCCUGGAAGAGGACCCAGCCGCACAGAAAAUGCAGCUGGCCUUCCGCCUACAGCAGAUAGCAGCUGCGCUGGAGAACAAGGUCACAGACCUCUGA